CACAGAGACCCCGGGAAGAUGGGCGUAAAAUCCCUCCAGCUUCUCUUCCGACUCUCCAGAAAGACCCCGGAGGAGCCGAAUGAAUCCAGCAGCUUAAUACCCAAGGGUACCGCUGAUCUCCAGAAAGCAGGCUAUGGUCAAGGUUCUGGUGAACACCAAUGCUGUACCUCUGGUUAUUGUCCUCCUUCAGACCAACUUGUGGAAUCUCGCCUCACCUCAGUCAAGAAAUGGCCGCCGCUACUGACCCAUCGUCCUAAUUUGUUCAUACCUCUCAUUAAAUACUUCAUGUUCUUUUUCAACUUCAUCUUCUCUGUCCUGGGUUUUGCCAUCCUGGGCGUUGGAGUCUGGGGAAUUAUAGACAAGCAAUCGUUGAUGAGUGACAAAAUUGGCAAUUUAGGCACUGAUCCGAUGCUAGCAUUUAUCAUUUUGGGUCUGGUUGUUUGCGUCCUUGCUGUGUCAGGUUGUGUCGGUUUCCUGAGAGAAAAUUCUUGCCUCCUGAAACUUUUUUCCGCCGGGAUCUCCGCUCUCAUAAUCAUCCAGAGCGUUUCGGCCGUUGUUGUGCUUUCCUUCAGGGAUCAGAUCAAAGAUUCUGUGAAAAGCUCAAUGCUGGUGGCUGUAUCGAGAUACCAGGAUGAUUCUGAUCUAAGAUUUAUUAUGGAUGAGAUCCAGCUUGGAAUGGAGUGUUGUGGGGUACAGUCCUAUCAAGACUGGAGCAUCAACCAAUAUUUUAACUGCAGCUCUCCCGGCGUUCUCUCUUGCGGGGUUCCCUAUUCCUGCUGCAUCGACCCCGUGGAGAAUGGGACGGUACCCAACUCACAAUGUGGAUUCCAGGUCCUGGGAAUGGCGGAGACAAUGGCCGGGAACUUGGUCUACCUGGGAGGGUGCGUGCCUCAACUCUCUCUGUGGCUGAACCGCAAAUUUUGGGACAUCGCUGCCGGAUUCCUAAUCGUAACUGCGUCAGAACUACUAUGCAUUGUGUGUGCCCAGAGGGUCCUAGAGGAGAUCAAGGUGAUAAAAUUACAGUGGUAG